AUGCCGCUCUCAGCCCAAGUCUCGGAACGCCUGAUCUAUGGCUUUUCUGGGAGUUUCGGUAGCCUAGGCCUCCUAGCCAUCCUUCUCAGUAUCAUCUACUGCAUCCGGCGGAGGAGGAAUCCACGACCAGAUCGUGCCAUGCCCAUCGACGAACGUGCCCUGGACGGAUGGAAGGAGUGCUUCAGGUUAUGCGGCAACAGUCUGGCAAACCUGGUGAAGGCUCCUUACAACUUCGUGAUCCAGAGGAGGCAGCGUGGCUCCAGUCAAAACGUCAGACACAAUCAGGACAACGAAGCUGCUGUGGCCGUGGACGGCAACUCAUCGGACAACAUACAAAUGGAAAACGUGCAUGGCAGGCCAAAAAGCAAUGACUCCAUCAGACCAGCUCCAACAAACGACGACGGCCAGAUCCAAAGCGAGCAGCAAGACAACAACUUCAAGACCAACCGAAGCGUCUGGAGCAGACUCCCACGCUGGAACCGCAACAAGAACACCCCCGACCCCGAACCAAACACCCAACUCAUGGAAAGCCCAAACUAUGACGACAUCGAGCCUGCCCCUUUCCGCCAACCACGUGGUGAGCGUCUGCUGGGAACUUCUACCCACAUGGGCUAG